GGACACGUCUCGCCGAUUCGCGUUCACCAUCCACUACGGACACCGCUCGGGACACAGUGUUGGCGCUAUUGCAUUUCGGAACCAUUUCGCAUUUGUACGGCAACUCUAACGUGAUCCGGUGCUGGUACUGACUGCUUUUGCGUGCCAAUCAACAGCCUUGCGCCUCCACCGCCCCGCCGUCCAUGUUGGUGGUCGUUACCGAGGCUUGUGUUUCGGCGUUCGAGAGAUUUUCAAACGCUCGUUGCGGACCACUGCUUUGUUCCCGACGUUUAUAUUAGAAUAUUAUUUUUGUUCCGACUUGCCGUCCGCUAUCGUAUUUUUCUGGUGGCACCGCAGGACUCCAAGGUUUAAUCUUACACAUACAUAAAAAAUUGUCAAAUAUAUUCUAAAAAGGAAUUACAUCAAAAUUACAUAAAAUGGUAUCUACUAGACAACAAAGUAGUAGCGGUUCAGGUUCUUCAACUAAAGUGGUUGUUAUAUCAAAACCUGAGAAAAAUUUCAAUGUAGCUAAUUUAGGCCAAAGUAGUUCCAGUCAUAUUAAUUUGCUGGACCUUCCAUAUGAAAUUCUUGAGAAAAUUUUAUCAUAUACUAAUUUCAAACACAUAUCUCAACUAAGAUCGGUUUCCCGGCAUUUCAAUGUAGUUUGUAGUACUAUGUUAAAUUCUACUUUUCAGCGUUUACAAAACCAAAUGUUAAAUCGCUUUCAAAUUAUUAAAACAAAAAUGCCCAGACGAGAAUCUGCUAGACGACAACAUCCACUUGCAUGUGAAUCUGAUAUUGUUGAAACACUUCAUAUGAGAUUAUUAUUAUUGCGUAUGGCUUUUGGUAAACAUAUUGAAAGAAAGCAUAUAUGUUUUUUUGCUGGAGAGAUCUUAGAUGAAGUGUAUAAAAUAUUACAUUAUAUUAAAGUUACUUCAAAGUUGGCAAGGCCAUAUAAAGUGACUGAUGAACUAUUUGACUUGUCCACAAUGGCCAUGGAAUAUUUUAGGGAAAAAAUUGAACCAACUCUUCCAGAAAUUCGACUUUUUGCUAAUGAUUAUCAUGAAUUUCCAUCACCUUUAGGUCCACCCAAUACCAGAACUAUUACCAGUAUGUGUUUGAGAAAACGCAGUUUAAUGAUACGUGAAGGUUCGGUUUCAAGUUUAGAAGGUAAAAGAUCUUCUUCAGAAAGUCCUCAAUGUGGUUCUAUGCUACGAAAAAGUGUCUGCAAAAUUAAACAAGGAAUGAAAACAACAUCUACUCAAGUAGGCAAUGUACAGCGCGAGUUAAAACAAUGCAAAUCACAAAUGGCUGAACAACAUAAAACAUUGGUAGAAUACUCGAAUAGAAUGGACGAAUAUGAUAAGAAGAAUGAAGAAACAAAUCGAAAAUUCAGUACAUUGUUACAAGAACUUAAUAAAUGCAAGACAGAAAUUCAAUAUUUACAAUCAGCUUCUUCAUCAUCUACACUUUCAGUUUGCUCAUCCUGUAGUACUACUGCAAGUGAUCUAUCUUUAGCUAUGGGACCACCGCCUUUAAAUUCUACUACCAAUGCUGUACGGACCAGAUUGCAUAGUCAAGGUGACCAAACUCCAGAAAAUACUAACAAGGAUUCUAUGGAACAAAGUGAACCAGUAGUAUUCGAGGAAGUAAAGAGUUCUGACGAACAGGAACCAUCCACUAGUACUGGUGUUAAACGUAAAUUAGAAUUGGCUAUUCCUAAAGCCGCUAAGCGUGUUAGGGCUGUAGCUAAAAAAGUUCGCAGCAUUAAUAAUGUUAACUAGACAAUAAUUAAAUUAUAAUGAAAAUAAUAAUAAUUUUUAUCGAAACAAAUCUACCUCUCACAUUCAUAUAAAUUGAAUUUGAAGCAUAAAUUUUAGAUACAAAUUAAUAUUUAGUUAAAAAUCUUAUCAAUCACAA